AGACGCCGAGGCUCCCAGCUCGCGAGCGCAGCUGCGGCGACGCGGGCCUCUCACGGCGACACUCCCCCCGUCUGCCCCUCCCGCGCCGGGCACCGGGAGCGGGACCGACCGGGCGCGAGCUCGAGGCCGCUUCCCCGGCGCCGAGUGAGGAGCGAGGCUGCGCUGACGAGCGGCGGCUGCGCGGCCAUGGGCUCGCCCGGGUCGCCCUAGGGCGGGCGCGCGGAGACCGAAGCCCGAGCGGCAGCCUCAGCAGCGUGUCCUCUCAGGCGACGGCGGCGACAGGAGCAUCGCGGCCGGGAUGAGCGGGAGCGGCGCGGCGCCCGGCCCGGCCUCGGGCUCCUCCCCGGCCGCCUGCCGCUUCGCGCACUACUUCGUGCUGUGCGGGAUCGACGCGGACAGCGGGCUGGAGCCGGACGAGCUGGCGGUUUUGUACCAAUGGCUAGAAGCAGAUCGUCAUGGCAAGAGCCAAGAUGCUGCAAAUACGACUUCAGGUGAAAAUUUUGACCAGAGUCCUUUGAGAAGAACAUUCAAAUCCAAAGUUCUGGCCCACUAUCCUCAGAAUAUAGAAUGGAAUCCUUUUGAUCAAGAUGCAGUAAACAUGUUGUGCAUGCCUAAAGGGCUGUCUUUCAGAACACAAACUGACAACAAAGACCCUCAGUUCCACUCAUUUAUAAUUACCCGGGAAGAUGGUUCUCGUACCUACGGUUUUGUUCUCACUUUUUAUGAAGAAGUUACAAGUAAACAAAUCUGCACAGCGAUGCAGACACUCUACCAGAUGCACAAUGCAGAGCAUUACAGCAGUGUGUACGCUUCAUCCUCCUGCAGCAUGGAUUCCCUGGCAAGCAGUACUGAUGAGGGAGAUGCAACUUCCCUUUUGAAACUCCAGCGAUACAACUCCUAUGACAUCAGCAGAGACACCCUGUAUGUUUCAAAAAGUAUAUGUUUGAUCACACCACUGCCUUUCAUGCAGGCCUGCAAGAAAUUCCUCAUCCAACUUUACAAGGCAGUUACCUCACAGCAGCCACCACCUUUGCCUCUUGAGAGCUACAUCCAUAAUAUUCUCUAUGAGGUGCCCCUUCCACCUCCAGGGAGAUCACUGAAGUUUUAUGGUGUUUAUGAACCUGUCAUCUGCCAGAGGCCGGGGCUCAGUGAGCUCCCCCUCUCCGAUUACCCUCUCCGAGAGGUCUUCGAGCUCCUGGGCCUGGAGAACCUGGUGCAGGUGUUUACCUGUGUUCUUUUAGAGAUGCAGAUCCUUCUCUAUUCACAAGAUUACCAACGCCUGAUGACUGUGGCUGAAGGCAUCACCACACUUCUGUUCCCAUUUCAGUGGCAGCAUGUGUAUGUACCCAUCCUCCCUGCUUCUCUGCUACAUUUUCUUGAUGCUCCUGUCCCUUAUCUGAUGGGCCUUCAGUCAAAAGAAGGAACUGACCGUUCUAAGCUAGAACUUCCUCAAGAGGCUAACUUGUGUUUUGUUGAUAUUGACAACCAUUUUAUUGAGUUGCCUGAAGAAUUUCCACAGUUCCCCAAUAAAGUAGAUUUUAUCCAGGAACUCUCUGAAGUUCUUCUUCAGUUUGGGAUCCCUCCUGAGGGCAGUCUGCAUUGCAGUGAGAGUGCCACCAAGCUCAAGAAUCUGGUUCUGAAAGACUUGGUCAAUGACAAGAAGAAUGGCAACGUCUCUGCAAAUAGCAUCAGCAUGUAUGAGUUACUGAAGGGCAACGAAACCAUAGCCCGUCUCCAGGCUCUGGCCAAGCGGACUGGUGUGACUGUGGAAAAAAUGGACCUCUCUGCCUCUCUGAGUGAAAAAGAAAAAGACUUAAAACUGCAGUGUGAAGAGGCAGAACUGAGGGACUACCAGCUCAAUGUCCAGCUCCGAGAGGUCUUUGCCAACCGCUUUACACAGAUGUUUGCAGAUUAUGAAGCGUUUGUGAUUCAGACUGCCCAGGACCUGGAAUCCUGGCUGACCAACAGGGAACAGAUGCAGAACUUUGAUAAAGCUUCCUUCCUGUCUGAUCAGCCAGAGCCGUACCUGCCAUUUCUUUCACGCUUCAUUGAAACACAGAUGUUUGCCACCUUUAUUGAUAACAAAAUUAUGUCUCAGUGGGAGGAGAAAGAUCCUUUGCUUCGAGUCUUUGACUCUCGGAUUGAGAAGAUAAGACUCUAUAAUGUAAGGGCACCCACCUUGAGGACAUCUAUUUAUCAGAAAUGCAGCACUUUAAAAGAAGCAGCCCAGUCAAUUGAGCAGCGACUGAUGAAAAUGGAUCACACUGCAAUCCACCCACAUCUACUUGAUAUGAAAAUUGGUCAAGGCAAAUAUGAGCAAGGAUUUUUUCCAAAGUUACAGUCCGAUGUCUUGGCAACGGGACCAACUAAUAACAAUCGCUGGGUGAGUCGGAGCGCCACUGCACAGCGCAGGAAAGACCGCCUUCGCCAGCAUUCCGAGCACGUUGGGCUGGACAAUGACUUGAGGGAGCCUUCCGGGGAACUUGUGGUCUGUCAGAACUCCAUGGCAUUCUGGGAGUGGGAUCAGGGUCCACCUCCUCCUGCACGACUUCCUAAAAAAUCCUUCUCUGAGUGCUGCCUGAAAUACAUGCAAGAGGCACGAAGUUUAGGAAAAAACCUGAGGCAACCCAAAUUGUCAGACCUUUCUCCUGCAGUGAUUGCACAAACCAACUGGAAAUUUGUAGAAGGCUUAUUAAAAGAAUGUAGAAUGAAGACGAAACGCAUGUUGGUGGAGAAGAUGGGACACGAAGCAGUGGAACUGGGCCAUGGGGAAGCAAACAUAACUGGCUUGGAGGAGAACACCCUGAUUGCCAGCCUCUGUGACCUGUUGGAAAGGAUAUGGAGCCACGGCUUGCAGGUCAAGCAGGGAAAGUCAGCUUUGUGGUCACAUUUAAUUCAGUUUCAGGACAGAGAAGAGAAACAAGAGCACCUUGCAGAGUCGCCAGUUGCCCUUGGACCAGAAAGAAGAAAAUCUGACUCAGGAGUCAUGUUGCCAACCCUCAGGGUCUCUCUUAUCCAAGACAUGAGGCAUAUUCAAAACAUGAGUGAGAUCAAGACUGAUGUCGGACGAGCUCGAGCAUGGAUAAGAUUGUCUCUAGAAAAGAAGCUCUUGUCCCAGCAUCUCAAGCAGUUGCUCUCUAAUCAGCUGCUCACAAAGAAGCUUUAUAAACGUUAUGCUUUUCUCCGUUGUGAAGAAGAAAGAGAACAGUUUCUUUACCAUCUUCUUUCCCUCAAUGCUGUGGACUAUUUCUGCUUCACCAGUGUCUUCACCACUAUCAUGAUUCCAUAUAGGUCAGUGAUCAUUCCCAUCAAAAAGCUGAGCAACGCGAUCAUCACGUCGAACCCUUGGAUCUGUGUAUCAGGAGAAUUAGGAGACACGGGAGUAAUGCAGAUUCCCAAAAACCUCCUCGAAAUGACUUUUGAAUGCCAGAACCUGGGGAAGCUGACGACUGUCCAGAUUGGUCACGAUAACUCAGGACUGUUAGCCAAAUGGCUAGUGGAUUGUGUCAUGGUCAGAAAUGAAAUCACAGGACACACAUAUAGGUUCCCAUGCGGGCGGUGGCUGGGAAAAGGCAUUGAUGAUGGAAGCCUGGAGAGAAUUCUCAUUGGAGAAUUGAUGACAUCAGCAGCCGAUGAGGAUCUAGUAAAGCAGUGUCGGACUCCACCCCAGCAGAAAUCACCCACUGUGGCCAGGAGACUGAGCAUCACAUCAUUGACAGGAAAAACUACCAAACCCAACGCAGGACAGAUCCAAGAAGGAAUUGGAGAAGCUGUGAACAACAUUGUGAAACAUUUCCACAAACCUGAAAAAGAGAGAGGAAGCCUCACUGUGUUGCUGUGUGGAGAGAGUGGCUUAGUUGCAGCACUUGAGCAAGUUUUCCACCAUGGCUUCAAAUCAGCUCGCAUCUUUCACAAGAAUGUCUUCAUCUGGGACUUCAUAGAGAGAGCAGUUGCUUAUUUUGAAACCACUGACCAGAUUCUAGAUAAUGAAGAUGAUGUCCUCAUUCAGAAAUCAUCCUGCAAAACCUUCUGUCACUAUGUAAAUGCUAUUAAUACUGCACCCCGGAAUAUUGGGAAGGAUGGCAAAUUCCAGAUCUUAGUUUGCCUUGGAACACGAGAUCGCCUGCUCCCACAGUGGAUUCCUCUGUUAGCCGAGUGUCCUGCCAUCACCCGAAUGUAUGAGGAGAGCGCCCUCCUGCGAGAUCACAUGACGGUCAACUCCCUCAUCCGCAUUCUGCAGACCAUUCAGGACUUCACCAUAGUCUUAGAAGGCUCACUCAUCAAAGGAGUGGAUGUGUAACCCAAUUAGCUAGAAACUCAGUCCAGAACCCUGUUCCUGAACCUUCCCCGACAAUGGGGACGGAUUUGGACUUGUCUGACAAGGCAGUGAGUCACUGCAGGGGCGGCACAGCAUGUCCCCCAAUGUGAACAGUCCUCACACUGCAGACAAGGCAAAAUGCUGUAUUGUAGUUCAUUUGAACCUGGAAUUUAGUAUAAAAUAGAGUAUUUUCAUGUGUUAGAUGUGUGUAAAUAUGCUCUCUUCUUUAAGAAAUUCUAUUACUCUAAUAAGACUUUUCUUAGAUUGAAUACUCCUGUAACUUAAAAUCAGUAGCUUAAAAGUAUUGGGAGUUGGGUAGUGGGGAGAGUGGUGCUAGUCAGGAAGAAGCCAGUAAACAUGUAAAUAUAGUACAACCCAUUGGGGCUUUUUAUUUUCCUCCAGGUACCACAAAGGAAUCCAGAAAGCAUUGUUAUGUACUCGCCAGCCAUCCUGGUGUGUUACCCUUUAUAUUGUGAAUGUAAACAGUUUACCUACUGUAGGGGAGAGUAGCCCUCAUUUACAUCUUUUAAGUUUCCGAUGGUUUCAUAAUUUGAAUUGAGCCACUCUUCCAAGUCUUUUGAAAAAAUUUUUUCAUCAGCACAAGAUAAAGAUAUAAUUCAAAUAUUUUAAAUACUAGACCCCAGGAGCUUGGCUGAACUGAAAAGAGAACACACAAAGCCCUGAGAAGCAUAUGAAAUUGUGGGAUUAUAUUAACUUCUUUACACUUUGGAAAGAUUAGCCUAGACUAACUUCAUCUUUGACAUUUUUAUUCUUGUUAUUUGAGGUACUUUGGGGAGAUGUGAAUUUCAGAGUGUUGGCCUCAGUCUUAAAAACUGCAAACAGCAGUUUGAUUCUAUACUUUUAAUUUGGCCAUCUCAACCCUGCAGUGGUCCCUUACCCCUCAAGAAUAACCACAAACACUGUCUUUGUUUGGUUCCAAUCACCCGCCUCCCCUCUUCCAGUGCCCAUCCCCCCUCAGGAAAUGGAAAGAAUGUCUAAGAAGGAGGAGGACUCUGUGUGGCUUGGAAUGUUUUUGUGAAAGUAUUUGUUGACCAUGAUAAUGCAAAUACCAGAAGAAGAGAGAAAGAAUGAACCCUUUCUGGGUGUUUCAGGGCCAGCUGUAUGUUCCUUUGUAAGCAGGGGUGAAAAUGUAAUACUGCUGGCCCAGGAAGGUAAAAGCCAGUAUUACGCAGACUGGCAAAAUGGAAGCAAAACAAGAGGCAACAGUUUGGAAGACCAAACGUUGUGAGUAACUUUCCAAUUUGGUGUUUUUUAAGGAAGUUAAAUACAGUGUUAGUAUGUUACCGUAAGUCUUCAUGUUACAGUUGGUCUUGUAAGUAAUUUAGACAUUUCCACGUUGUUAGCAGUGAAAUUGCCUUAGCAGAGCUCCAGGUUAUUCCCAAUUGUGACUGAGAAGCAAAGUCAUGGCCUCUCAGGACCCUUGUGUUAUCUGAGGGUCCUGGGCUUUAGCCAAUAGUGUUGCUUCCCUUUUUCUCUUGAGGAAGAAACUAGUGAAUUAAGUGCCCCACUCCCGUUAUCAAACACUGUAUUCAGCCAAGGCACACUCCCUUUUAAUAUGUGACUGAGUCCUUGAGGAGGUAAGGGAGAACUGAAGGCAGCAUUUAGAAACCAUGGAAAGGGUUUAAGAUGGUUCUGGGUGACCUGGGUAGACCAGAAAUGUGUUUGCCUGCAGCUAAAGUUUGUCCACAGUGGUGUGGCUACCCCUGGGACAUGGAGAGUCUAUUAUGGGACAUAUCCAGAACCUGUUUCACACCAGGUGCUUACUGUUUCAAUGAUGAGAAACCAUAGAAUGAUCCAACCUAGGGUUUUGUUUUUGUUACCUUUUCCAAAGGCCUUGCUUCUGACACAUUCUGGGCAAACAGAGAGGUGACUUAGGUUAGCAUGCUAGAAUUAAGUCAUCUCAUCUAGCCUUCUCAUUUUACAGAUGGGAAGACUUAAGGAUCAGAGAGAUUAAAUACUUACCUGCACACCUGGUCAGUGACGACACAGGGUGUAGAAUUCAUGUUUUUUUAAUUAUACCAGGCUACAUGAGACUGGCUUUCAAGGCAUUCAUAUUAAGUCUUUCUACCCUUGGAUCUUAAUUCAUCCACGUAUAUAGGUAGCAGAUAAUGAUUAAUAUUCAUUUAUAGUAAUAAUUUAUAGGGAUUAAUAUUCAUUUUAACAAAUUAUCCUUAAGUUAUAGAAAAUUACACCUGUUAUAAAAAGUAGGAGCAGGAAUUCCCUGGCAGUCCAGUGGUUAGGAUUCCACACUUUUACUGCUGAGGACCCAGGUUUGAUCCUUGAUCAGGGAACUAAAAUCUCACAUGCCUUAUGGCACAGCCAAAAACAAAACUAGGAGUAAAACUGGAUUUCAGACCUGUGAGUAAAACCAUUACUUUAGAAAGUAAUACCCUCCAAGAGUUUGACCUGAAGUUUCAUCCCAUUUUCUAUUAUCUGACUACAGUAGUGAAAUGACCAGUUUCAGAAGAAGAAAUCACACCAGAAUGGACACAUCCUCUAGAAUGCUGUGCCCUUUAGAGUUAUCACCUUGGAAGUCCAUACACAGUCCAGUAAUAAAGCCAGUGCUUCAGACCCCUGGGGACCUCCUUAUGAGCUGCCCGAAUGCCCUAUAGCCCAUUCUUUUGAAUAUUUCUAGUAAUGGGUAAUGGUGGCUUUUCAGAAAAAAUUUAAUAUUUGGAUGGAAACAACAAUAAGCUCUUAGAACCCAAGUUGAUGAAUGAAAAGGAUACUUAAGCAGAGUUUGGGGUCAUGUAAGAAAUACAGUUCUAAAGAAGUAAGACAAUUCUUAACAUGGCUUAUAACUGUCUUUGAGUAUCAAAUUAUUUUGAGCAGGACAACAGCAGAACUCUUAGAAUAAAUGUACAUAUAAGUAUACAUAGCCUUCCGACCUGACUUUGGAAAGUCACUCAGAGGUAUACUUUUUGCUGUUAAUAAAUUAGUAUAUUGCUAUAUCAUCAUACUUCAGAGUUAAAGUAUACAAAAAUCAAAUUUGACUUUUUUCUUCAAAAUAAAUUAAAAGUUGUGCCUGGAGUCAUGAUUAGUAUUUUCACAAAAUAGCUUAAGAAGAAAUUAUUUUAAUAUUAAAUUGCCAAAAAUGUUACCUCUUGAAAUACUUAUCUUCCAAGUGUUUUUCAAAUGUUCUUAAACUCCUAAUAAUAACCUUUUUGAUAUAGUGACAUUACAACAGUGUUGGUAUUAUGUGUGAGACCCUGAAACUGUGUUCUGUUUGGGGGCUCAUCUGCACCUUAAAAUGACUGAGGCUCAGUGUGGAGUAGAAUAAAGUAGGGUUCUCAGUAGAGAAAAUGGGGCUACUGAGAACAAAAGGAAGGCCUCCCAACCCUCCCUUCCUCUUUCCCACUGUGGCAAGAAUUUGAUAGAAGAAACCAAAAGCUUGCAAAAUUUAUGAUUUCCCUCUAAAUUUUAUUUUAAAUAUUUCAUACACUUUGUACCUUUUGUAACCCUGUGGUAUUUACUUUAACAUGGCUUUUUAAGAAAUCAUUUUAGUGAACUUCUGUCACACUGUAUGAAUAUACAGGGGAAAUACUGAAUUGCUCAUAUUUCCUUUUUUGGCAAUAAAGCACUGUUGUAUGUAAAUGGAAGUGGAAGAGGGAUGGAGACUACACAUAACAGUUUGUGUAUAGUGAAUGCUGACCCUCUGAGAUACUCUGAAACAUGAGGCAACAGACAAGGACCUCAGAUUGCCCAGGGAAAUAUUUAUUUGACAGCACUGGGAGUGUAGCUGUUAAUUAUAAAAUAGCUUCUUUCUGCUAAGAAUUAUGAUUUUUCAGUAGAUUUUCAUUUUGAGAACUGUUGAGUAUUUUCUCUGUGAGGUUUAUAGAAACUAGUCUAUCUUUUUCACCAUUUGGAAGGACAAUCUGAACUGUAGCUAUUUAUAUUUCAGUAUUAAUACACCUUCAUUGAUUGAGAAUGGAGUCUUGAGAUCUUCUCUACUUUUAUAAAAUGAAUUCUAUUUCCACGUCAUCCAUGUCAUUUGAAGUCCAUGUUUCUUGUAUAAGUAUUUGUUAUAUUACCUUUUAGUGUAAAAGGAGAAACAAAUAAUAAACUACUAGGUCUCUUAUUCCUAUUAAAAUCCAUUUAUAAAACUCUUGGAUCAAAAAAAAAACAACUCUUGAAUCCAACUGAUUUCCAAGCUUUUUGAAGGAGGGUACCAAUGGAGUGUGAUCAGAAUAAUCCAAGGAGAACCUCAUCCUUUCAGAUCUUAGCAGACCUGAUUGUCCUCUCAAGGACAAAAUAAAGAUUGGAUCCAGAAAGGUAUCACACUGAGCAAUUAAUAUCAGAGUGAAAAAAAUCAUCAAAAACAUUCUCCUCAUUUGAAUGACUCCAGGGUAUCCUUGGGUUAUGUGGGAGGGAAUUAUGCUUGACAUAUUUACCUAAAUGUAUUUGUGUGUGGCCCAGUCUUUAUUCCAAACACCAGACAGAUCUUGUUAACAGUAGAGAGAUAUGGUGAGAGUUCCUGUUGUCAAUCAAAUGAGGGUGUUAAACAUAUAGAAAGAAUUCUGUGUUACACUUGAACCAUGUAUAAAUGUAUCCUGUGUAUCUUUUUUUUAAAUAUGCAUUUCUGCAUUUAAAUUAUAUUUUUUUUCUUUGAAUUGUUAACAAAAUGCAUCAGAACUGGAUUUUUUUCUCAUCUGAACAUAAUUAAAAUUUAAAAAGUAUUGUGAUAUCAAGCACUUUAACAUAUGUAUCAGAGAAACUGAUGUGGGUUUUUCAGGUUUUGGAGUACAUUUAAAUAUGACUUUUCAUGCUUUGUUCUUUACAAAUAAAACUGUGGGGUUGAUACUU